AUUCCCACAAUGCUUUGAGAGGGCACCCGGAAAGGGAAGAAAACAGUCAGAUGACUUGAUGUGUUGAUGAAUAGUUUUUGACAGUUUAAAGGCUGUGGUUUAGUCGUUCAACAGUACGGAGUUUCUUUGCUUUACCAGUCGUUAGUGAGUUGGAAGUUAUGUUACGACCAAAGGCGUUAACGCAGGUCCUCAGCCAGGCGAACACAAACGGAGUCCAGAGCACCCUCUUACUGAACAAUGAAGGUUCACUUCUGGCUUACUCUGGGUAUGGGGACACUGAUGCCCGAGUGACGGCCGCCAUCGCUAGCAACAUCUGGGCGGCCUACGACAAGAAUGGCCACCAAGCCUUUAACGAAGACAAACUCAAAUUCAUACUCAUGGAUUGUAUGGAAGGAAGAGUGGCCAUUACUCGUGUGGCCAACCUACUGCUGUGUAUGUACGCCAAAGAGACAGUGGGCUUUGGAAUGCUUAAAGCCAAGGCAGAAGCUCUGGUUGAGUACUUGGAGGAACCAUUAACCCAAGUGGCGGCGUCAUAGUGGAGACGUUACUGAAACUUCUGUCUGCCUGGGAAUAAAGCUUCAUAUGAUCCGGGUCAUUCAUGGACUACUGUAACGUUCUGUGUACAUGCAUGGAUCUGUGAGUGAGUGUGUGAGUGAGUGAACGUGUGUGGGGUUGGGGAGUCGGUCUAUUUAUAAUCCUGGUUUUGAAACUAAUAACUUGUAUGAUUUUUUUUCCCUAUUUGCCCUCCCUUUUGACUCUGUAGGUCUUACUGGCCUGUUCUCAAAGUCCACUUAAUUUGUCAGUAGGAAGUCUUGAGUGUACGGCUGCUGAAAUGAUUCCAUUAUGAACCGGACCCACGGUUGAUUUAUUCAUUUGCAGUUUGAGUUCGGGGACGCUAAGAACAGUUAAGCAGAAAAUGUAACAUUCUGAAUCCAGUCGUAAGACUGAAACAAACACACUAGAUAAGAUCUCUGGAAACUCUCUUAAUAAUUCCUGCCUGAUACAAUACAAUAUGAUUAUUUGCUACAUUUUGUUUCAAAGCUGUACAAUAAACGUUUUUUGGACAAAUGUU